AUGGCCAGUAAUACCAAAGGUGAUUCCAGGAGUGAUAGGGAUUCAAUUGCUUAUGAUGAUGUGGUGUCUUCAGGAGAUUUAAGCAAUGAAGAAGCUGCUCCAGCAGAAAAUGUACAAAAGAGGGGUGAUGCUUCACCUUUUGAAGGCAAGGGCACUAUGCAAACCCAAAACAAAGAUUUGAGAGGACAAAAUAAAACUGAAAAUUUAAAGACAGCUGAUGGAGGAAAAGAUGCAGAUAAUGAAAAUGACUCUAGUAAGGUGUUGUCUAAACCUAAUGAUAUUGAGUCCAAUGAUCAAGGUUCACGAAAUGAUAGACUGAAAAAUUGCAAGGAACAGUGGACACCAGUGAAAGCAGAUUUAAAUAAGAAUAAAGAUGGCAAGGGAUUCAUUGCUGGAGCAAAAACUGAAAAUGAUUCUAGUCCUCAGGUACCCUCAAGACGUCAACCUCGAAAGAGGGCUAGUAAUGACAUGGAACAAAAAACUUCACUCAGUCACAGUCCUGAAGGUGACCCUGUCAAGCCACCUAGAAGGCGUUUGCCACAAGUACCAAACUCUGCUGAACCAAGGGCUGAUCAGAAGAGUUCAUCAGAUGAAGGUGAUGUGCUUUCUGUGACCAGUAAUGACUCGGGUGAACAAAAACUUGAGGAAAUUAUUUGCAAGCCAGUGCUAACAUCAAGUCCAAACCAAGAUGAGCUACCUAGCUUGACUGUAGAAAAUAAUGUGAUGGACACAAGCCGCAAAGUCCUCUCAUUCAUGGAUGUGUCCUCUGAAGGUGGUGUUAGAAAAGUGGAAUCAUUUUAUGACUUUCUUUACUCUCAAGAGGGUGCUGAUGUUUCUAAAGAAAGAUCGACAUCUCCUAUUUUAGUGCAAAGGCGGGACACAAUUGGUAGUGCACUGUCUGGUUCACAGGAACAUCUAUAUGAUGAUGUUCCAAGAGAUAGCAGUGUUGCCCAGAGCUGGAAAAGUAAUGGAACAUAUGAUGAGGUCAUAGUCAACAGAGGUAUGUCUUGUUCUGGAGUAUUUAGUGUUCUGGACUUACAUCUAGAGGCCCCAAAUUUGAGUGUCAUGCUAAUGACAUCCUAAAUUUGAUUUUCGGUAGAACUUUAUAAGUUUGAAUCUUCAACCACAUCAUUGAAGAUGGUCUAAGGCUUAAAAUAUCAAAUUUUAUAACUAGAAACUCUUUGUGGUGGCCAACACUGUUGACAGUCAAAAACUGUUCACCAAAGUGGAGGUGGCUAGUGAUGAAUAUUUACCUAUUCAUGUUAGCUAAUGACACUGAGUUGACUGAUUGUUCUAGAAUAUAGUAAACAGUGCGAAUAAUACAGCUCAAGAAGAUGGUUUUUAACUCAUUUAUUCUAGCAACGAUUACAAUAUUUUCGGGUGCAAAUCCAGAGCAUGUUGCUCUGAGGUGAACAGCAAAGGAUAUUCAAUGUUUGAGUAGCUAAUCAGAGUGCAUCUUCAAUGCCAUCCACUGUUUUAGUAUUUAAAACCAAAUUAUCAUACAAUGUUAAAUAAUAAGCUGGUUUGCUUUCUGACUGGUGGGGUUUUUAGUCAAGUCUUACUGUAUAUGGUGUAUAUUCUUUGUUGUUAUUUGAUUGGAAUGUCCUUGAAAUAACAGCAUAAAUUAAACUUUUGUGCUUUUGACAUAAAUAUUUAUUUUGUUCAAAUCAUAUACUAUAUCAUCUCUUUUCCUUGAACCACAGAGGCAUAUGUCAUGCCUUCACAUGAUGAUGAAAGUGAUGAGUACUCUGAAAACGACCCAUGGGGUUCAGACUUUGAAACUGAAGAUGACAUCACAUAUGGAGGGAGUAUAAGAACACAAGAUGGUUUUAUAGAUGAGGAAGAGGAAGAGGAUCCAUAUGAUACAGUGGAAAUAAGUCCCAUGAGGGAACGGAAGAGACCGGUAACUUGCUUUGAUUUGUAGUUCUGAUUUAUGUUCUAAAGCAAAGUCCUCUUUUCACAUUCUAUCUACUUAGUAGAAUGAGCAUUCUAAAGAAAAGUUCUCUUUUCAAAUUCUAUCCCUGAUGUUUGUCUACUGAAUUCACUCAUCAUUUAAUGACCUAGCUAUUACAUGAACGGGCUACCAUAAACUAGAGAUAGAACGUCUCCAACACUUCCUUAGUAGAAUGAGCAAAGAAGGAUAUAUCAUAAGUAAACAGAGAGAAUGUGCUUAUGCUUUCCCUAUUCUCAAAAAUGUUCUAAUUUUUGUAAUGUUUUUGUCCCAUGCAUUGUUUUCAUUUCCUAAAUAAUACCUUGCUCAUGGUCCCUCAUGUAAAGAUACUGAAGUUUGUAUAAGGGCAGUUGAAAUUUCAUUUGUAUGUCAUGUACAUCCCACAAGUAUUUUGGGAAUCCAAUGUAAUUUUUUUCUCUUUAUUCAGUUUCAAUUUGUAUCAGAAAUUGCAAACUUCUCACCAUUUUCCACUGGGAAGAAGUCAUCACUGACCAGUCCAGGACUGAAGGCCCAAUUUAAGGGUUGCCUUGGACUGAAUAGAGUGCCAAGUAUACCAUACUUGGCCAGUAACUCACAAAAAGGUGCAAUGUGUUUGUAUUUUAUUGAUUCACAAUGAUAGUUUUAAUAUUGAAAAUAACUUUGUCAGAUCUGUGAUAAUUUGAUAUUUUUUACAUUAACAAUGAUAAUAGGACCGAGUAAAGUCUGUUAUCACAGAAUUGGACAACAUGAACUCCUGUUACAAUUAAUCAAAACUAUUUCAUAACAAAAAAAACAAUAGUUCACUUGGCAAAAUGUGUGACAACAGCGCAUGCACAUGAGUUGUUCUGUACUCAGGCAGGAUGUGUUAACUGUUCCUUUAGCUGUCUCAUUACACUUUCCAAUAAGUGCUCAAAUCAGGCUGGUGAUAACCAAUCACAUUUGAGGAUUUUGUUAUAAAUGAUAGUUUUGAUUAAUUGUAGUUAGGCACUUCUCAUAUCAACAAUUCUAUUCUUUAUUUCAUUUUCACUUCUAAAAUGGAAACAUUAGAAAAAACUAACAAAAUUUCAGAGUUUUUUUCAAUUCUUCAUUCUAAUUUGCAUAUUUACAUUUUUACUUUUACAUUAUUUCAGUAUUGGUUUCUAUGAAGUUUCCAAUUUUUUUAAAUUUUCAGUGUGGAGUGUACCCAUGGACAUAAACUUAUCUGGAUAAAUGAGACUGUUUCAAACUCUGUUACUGGCCCUUUCACAGACCUGCAAACUGUGGGAUACAAAGCCAAAACAUUCCCUUUUCAUUUUGUUCAUGCUUGUGUCAAUCAUUACAAUAAUUGUGAAAGCUUUCUAAACCAGAACCAAAUAACAACAUAGAUUGAUAUCCUCUGAUUGAAACUCAGGAAAUUGUCCUUUGAUGCUUUUCCCAGAUACGCAUUAUAUAAUUCACAUCAAGACAGUGCAAGAACAUUAAUUGACUUUAUUCAGCAUUGCUGCAAAUUGAACCACUUUCACUACUAACAAUAUCCCCUGCAAUUGCUACAAGUAAGUUUUGUUUUACUUGUAUAGAAAACGAAGAAGCAAAUGCAGUUUAUGUUGACCCAGAUAUCACAGACUCUGUAAACUAUCAGCAGCCUGUCAUGCCACCCAUGCCAGAAGGGUUAUCCAAUGAGCAGGUAUACAAAGAAAUUUACUUUCUUGAAAUCACACAAUGUAUGUACAGUGCAGUUGGUGUUUUAGUGCAGUUAAAUGCAAUCAAACAGAGUAAACAACAAAGAGCAUCAGCAUAUUUUUUUCUUUUUUUUUUUUUGCAUAUGCAUUUCACACAUCAUUAAGUUAAAUGGGAAAACUUCAAAUCCCACCUCACCUCUAUUUUUUGCUAGAUCAAUGCAUCAUGCAUUAAUUUGGAGCUUGAUCACAAGUCGUGUUUAAACCCUGAGCCAUUCUCCUUUAUGUGAGGUAUGUUCUGUAGCUUCCCUUUUGUUCUCCAGAUCAAAAGAUACCAAAUUGUGAAGUUCAUGCUGGAGAGUGAGGCAGAUUAUAUGAGACUUCUGGAUCAACUUAGCAAGGUAAGUGAGUUAAUACAGUGCUGUUUGAAGUGCUUAUAACAACCGUUUUCCACAUGAUGUUGGACAUUGUUUAUUCUCUGCUUGAAGUUCAUAUUAUUCCCUGAGCUCUUUAAAGGAGACUGUGCUCUAUUAUAUGGGAUAAAUAACUAAGAGUAGAGUCCUAAGCAGGUAAUACAUAUCUCAUUUCCUAAAUUUCUUUCCCUCCAGUGUGCUUUGCGCACUGGUUAUUAUUGUUAUUAUCUGGGAACUUGAUGCUUUUUCUCACAAACCAAAAAAACCGGGGAAGAAUACAACAAUGACGGUAGCUUUAGCCACUAUUUUCAUGGCAAAAAUAGAAAAAGGAUGUUAUCACCCUGAGCAUGACUAACCACUCCUUGAGAAGAGGUACAUCAUUGAUGUUUUCUGUCUGUGGAACAGAAGCAACAACAAAAUAGAAGAAUUUGUAGGAUGGGAAACAACAACUCUACAUUGUACCAUGGUACAAUCACUAUUCGCUGCUAAAAUAUCAGACUCAGAAAUUAUAUUCUUGGACACAAUAGUGUGCAAAAUGGGAGAGGUUUAGCAGGGAAUCGACCAUUGACAAACAAAUCUAUAACAAAGAGAUAAAGCCCUUCGAAUACUUGAAAUUUUAUUUGUGUCAUUUACCACGCCCAAGAAAGGAUUUGUGAGAGGAGAAGUGCUACACCUGCCAUGAAUAAAUCCAUCAUGCUCCACAUUUAAUUAGAACAUACAGUGUUUCAAAGUAGUCUUAAGAAUAGAGGAUACCAAAAUAAAAUUUUGGAGAAAUGUGUCUCCGAAUUCGAUUUCAUUGGGAGAGAAUGGUCAUACAAACACUUGCAUGGGAUAAAGUUGCAAUGGAUUGUAAAUGUUUCCCAUCUGACAGUCACCCAAUUAUCAAGAGGAACUUUCUGUUUGACUUUGCUCCAAAAUACUGUCUAGCAGGGUCUUUGCAAACCCACUGUUCAUAUUCUUGCCAAAUCCUAAAGCUUCAUUUAUCUCAUUUCAUGCUUUCAAAAUUGAUAUAGUAAGCCAUAUAAUAUGGAGGCUUUUUGCUUGUGCACAAUUACCUCUUGGUGGCUUCAUUAUUGUGAACACAGACUGAAAUGACAAAUCUACAUAGCAAAUAGAUGAUAGACGCUAGAUGAGGCUAUAAAGAGCUGGUUCUUGAUCAAGAUUGCAAAGAUUUAGUCUAAUAAUUUUUUGUUAUACAGAAAAUCUUGAGAAUGUCUACUACCCCCACAAUGCAUCCUGAUUGAGCAUGGCCCUUUAAAGUCUUCUCUCUCUCUCUCUCUCUCUCUCUCUCUCUCUCUCUCUCUCUCUCUCUCUCUCUCUCUCUCCCUUUCUAUUUGCUUGAAUAAAAGGUUUUGUGUGUGCGGAUGGGUGUCAUAUAAUUAGCCCUUUCCACUCUAACAUCAGUAUGUAUAUUCUCUAUACUGUUAUCUAUACAUUCCCUAAGGUGGUGGAAAGGAGAAUUUGUUUAACAAUCAAGAGCUUCUGUAGUUAGUGAUCAUUUCCUUUAUUCUCAUGAUCUUGAAUGAAUAAUUCAGCAGUAUUAUUGUAAGGAGAAACCAGAUGCUGGUCACUCUUAGGCUCUAAAGGGCUGAUAAUAGAUUCCAUGUUGCCAUGUGUCUGAUCAGUAAUAGAUCACAGACAGUGCCAAAUGUGGUAAGAACAAAAAAAUGGCACACUGGUCUUCUUUAUAUAGUAGAGAAGCAGGACAUUGUUAACCCUUUAACUCCCAGCAGUGAUUAGCAUGUAACUUCUCCCUUUAAUAUCCAUACAUUACCCAGCAAACAGGUGAUAAGAAUACUCAAACUUAUCAGGUGGAAGUUGUUACCUUGAUCUAGAACCAAGUUCUUGUAACUAACUUGCAAGGAAAUGUGUAGUGACUGGAGGGGAGAAUUAACAAUCAGAUCCUGGGUGUUCAAGUGUUAGCAUAUGCAUCUGUCCUCCAAUAAUUAAUUAAAAUGUGUGGGUAAUUCCAUUUAUUACAUUACAGAAGUUUGUGAUACCAACACUCUUCCAUCUGUUUAGCAUUCACUUUAAGAAAAGUUUGACUUAACUUCUGUGGGAAAAAAAUUAUUUGAUUUAUUUGCAUAUUUUUGCAUCUUUGACAGCAAUAUGAGCUACCCAUCAGAGAGCGUGAUCUUCUUGAGCCAAAUAAGAUUGACAUCAUUUUCCAACAUGUACAUAGAGUAUUGCAGUGUCAUGCCAUGUUUAAUAUUGCACUGAGUGCAAGGAUGUCAGACUGGACACCAGAUAUGAAAGUUGGCGACAUCCUGUAUGCUCUGGUGAGAUUAAAUUACCUUCUCUAAUUUUUUUGGUUAUUAAUAUUAUUUCAUAUUACUAAUCACCAUGUUGAAUUUAAUUGUGACAAGUAUUAGCAAACCAUCAUGAGUCUUUGGGUAACAUUUUUUUUCACAGCUUACAGCUAAUAGAAUCAAGGCUUCCUGCUCCUAGAGAUUCCACAGAUUGACUGAAAAUAUUUCUUUAAAUAGUCAAGCAAACAGUCCAGGAGAAGACAAAUCAAAAAAUAUCUUGAAAUGUGUGGAUGGUGGAAGGGAGAGUGAAAGUCAAAUACUAAGAGUUAAACCCUUUACACCCUAACAUCAGUAUGCAUAUUCUCCAUACUGUUCUCUAUACAUUUCCACAUAGGCUGACAGGGAGAAUUUCUUUAACAAUCAAGAGUUGCUUUAGUUGGUGAUCAUCUCUUCUAUUCCUGUGACUUUCAAGUAUGAGUUAGGGGUGAUAUAGUAAGGAGAAAUUAGAUGCUAGUCAGUCUUAGGGGCUCAAGGGUGAAAAGGGAUCAAGUCUAAAAAGAUAGGGUUAAAAAUCCUCCUUUUUGUAUUUUUAUUUUACUGACCUCACUUGGUUUUUAUUUUUAACAGUUUUGCAAAUCCAUGGUCCUGGAUGCUUACAGCGGAUAUGUGAACAAUUUUGCCAAAGCUAUGGAUACAGUGAAAGUAGCUUGUAGAACUCAUCUGGCAUUUGCACAGUUUUUAAAGGUUGGUAAUUGGCAAUUUGAUAAAGAUAUAUUUAAGCAAAUAGAUCAUUACCUUUCAUUCUACAAAUGUUUGUAUCAAGUACUCCUGCAAUAAUGUUAUACUACGUACAGCUGUCUGAACUUUUCCAUGUUACAAUUUUGGAACUGACCGUUGAAUUCGUCAAUUUGUAAAUUGUUAUAAAAUGGACUGCUGAGGGAGACAGGGACAGAAGUUUUAAUCUUAACUGAAAUGAAGUUAUCAAAAAAGUCAAGUGGUGUCAGUCAAUGUGGAAAGUUCAUGAGGGUCCUUUGUCUUUUCAGAACUACCCUCAUCCAUGUGAUUCCACCACAGUGUGCAUGGUCAACAGUUGGUCUUGGUUAAAACCUUUAAUUAUAUUAAAAUUGUUAUUGCACAAUUGAAAGGUUUGCAGGGGAUGGGAUAGCCUUAUUUGAAGACUAUUGUUAAAUAUAUCUUUCCUUUUCAACCCACCAAUAAAAUUGAUUUUUUUUUUAUAUGUCAGUCACGCAGACAGUCAAGCCUUGACCACCUCUCCCUUCAUAAUUUGAUGUUAAGACCAAUUUAUAGAUUUCCACAAAUUUUGGCCCUUCUACAGGUUAGUAAUGAACUGCUGUACCUUGCUGUUAAUAAAAUGUUUAGUAUAACUGUACUUUAAAACUCUGUUAGUGGUUACAUGCACAUUAUAGAGAAACAACAAACAUAUUCCAGCAGGAGGGGUAAGCUUUCAGGAAUGCAUUGUUUAAAACACAAUUCAGCUACAUCAGGGUUGAUGAUAAUUUUCUUUUGAUUUAUAGGCUAUAUUUUAUUACUGUCAGUUUUGCCUUACACUGAAGGAAAAUCCCACAAAAUGCCAUCUGCAACAUUUGGCCAAUAGAUACAAAAACUAUAAAUUGUUUAGCAUUUAAUCAAAUAAAAUGAUGCUCACUGUAAAUAACAUUUCAAAUAAAUUGGCCCUUGAUUACUCCACUUUCCAGAGACACAAGGUUGCAUUCUACAACUUCCCCCUGGAUAGGGUGCUAAGAAUUUGCAGGUUCCCCCAAGAAUUCUGCUCCUCUGGACAUUUAGUGAUUUUCAUUUAUCUCUCUCACUUACUUGCGAGGCCAAGAAGAAUUUCUCUUCACAAUGUUUUUCACUUUAAAGAAGAAAAGUAAUGAGCAGAGAGAAUUAAUAGAUUUUAUGUAUUUUAAUGCUGAACUCUCCUAGCUGAAAUUACAUGAAACAUAUGGUAGGUAGUAAAGCUUGUUUUGAAAUAUCACAAUGCAAAGAAGUUUUGCUUGGACUCAAUUGAGGUCUUUCAGAGUGGAGGCCAGGGCUGGGUUUCAAAUAUGUCUAAGUUAAGAAAUCCUUGGUAGUGUUCAUUUUUAUAGCUGUGCAGAAGAAUUUCCCUCAAACUUUACUAUAAUUGUACACCUUCUGAGGCAGAGAUAUUGAAACCAAGUUUAACUUUUUAUUCUGGAAUAGUAGUAAACAUCUUUGGAACAACCUGGUCUCCACUCUUUAUACUCAAGCUCAUUUCGAAAUAGUCUUUAUUCAAAUCACUUUUACUGUAUUCAUAGGAGUUGCUGGUUGUGACUCCCAGGGACCAUCCAGAUCGUGUUCCCCUCCAGCUUGCUCUUACUCAGUUAGAGUGUCUGGCAGAAAGUCUCAGGGAAAGGAAGAGAGAAGCUGAGCUAAGAAAUAAAGUGAAACUGUUGGAUGGGUUGGUGGCACAAAGCCACAAGGUCAGUUGAAAUAGAAGUUCUGGAUCAAAGUUAGUAUCUGAGCAACUGUGCACCUAUCCGUCUCCUAACCCAACAUUAACCGUAACUUGUUAUCAGUUGAUUGUUGUUGUGGGAGGGGUUAGGUGGGAAGUUGCUCAGAUACUAACAUUCUUCCAAACUUGGAACCUCUUUGAGGGAAGCAGGUUGGUUUGAAUUAUACAAGGUUCAAGGGUAAAAGGACAGUACUUGAAGGGGGAAAAGAUGCCAGUUUUGUCUCAAAGUGCAGGGAUUUUCCAAAACCAAGGGUUUGAGUUAUCAGAAUUUUACUGAUCCUUGGUAUCCCUAUUGCUAACAGAAGAUGUCCGGGACAAGGUUGGUUCACAUCAAUUUUUGCCAGUAAUAAUGAGUUUGCUUUACCCAAAUGUCCCUAACAAAGAUCAGAAUUACCUAUUACCUGGCAUUUUGAUGAUUUAUCAAUUGAAUAUCAGAGACUUGGCAUACAAGACCCCUUAGAAGUAAUUUGGAAAUUUUGAAAUAGAUUGGACCUUUUGAAAUUGCAGUGGAAUUGGAGCUUAAAAAAACUCAAAAUUAUGUUAUCGUGGUGCACUCAGCAUGGAUAAUUUCUGGGUAAAUAAAAAAGGUACAAAGAUAGCUUAUAGAAAUUACUUGAGUUAAAGAUUUUUUUACAAGGGAUCACUACUUAUCAAAGGCAGUGUGACAGUUGCAGUAUGUUUUUGCAGCAACUGAUAUUUAUUCUGUUUCUUUGACCUUCAGACUUUGGCUUCUGGAAAUAGGUACUUCAUAAGACAGGACGACUUCGUACAAUGUGUGAGUAAAUGUGUUAAUAUAGGCUGUUGAAAAAGUUGUAAGGCACCGUGACGAAAUUUUCUCUCUGGCAUUCACUAAAAUGGAAUAGAUAGAGACCACUCACAAUAAUGUGAAGAGCAACUGUGAAAGUAAUAUGUAUGCCACAGACAGGUUUUGAUUUAGUGACGAAUGGGAAAGAAAAUAUCCAUUCGGCAGUGAUCCUCCACACCAGCCAGAAAACCGCAUUAUAUCUGGCAUCAGCAAAGUUUGUGCGAUGGUUGUAUGUGCACCAAGUGGUUUAAGAGCCCAAUGAAAAUCAAAGCGGUAGGAUCUGUGAAAACGAGCAAUCUCUGGCAGCUCGGCCGCGCAACGUUUGUCGCGUCCACAAAACCGCCAGUCUUAGUCACGCAGACUGACUGCAUCUCCAUGUACGUCUCUUUCCUUUUUGAACUAGCGAUUGUAGGUUACCGAGAAGAACGCCAGUUCUUUCUUUUUAUCUCGCCUCAGCACCCCUCUUCCUCUCCUCUACACGAUGGGUACUUUUCUAGAAAUUGGGGAUGAUAGAGCUCUACCACUUGCUCCUUGUUUUGUCUUCAAUAUUUGUUUUUGUUUUAUCGUCUCAGAAUGUUGAAGGUGAAUCAAUCCUUGGGACAAAGAAACGACGCAUUAUCAUGUUGUCAGACAUGCUGCUUUGUGUUUCUCUCAUUAAGGGGUAAGAGAUUGCCGAGUAGAGUUGAAACCAUUUAUUUCCUCUCGGAGAAUGUAUAAUUCUAAUGAUCAGAUAAAGUUGGUUGUUAAUCAAAUCAGCAAGGAACUGAUCGAUAGAUUGAUUUGCUCUUUUUUCUUUGCCUCAUUUUUUUAAAAAUCUAUGUUUGAUCCUAUAUUUAUUUUAUUGAUUGCUUCGUUAAUUUUUAAUAGUUGUUAAAAGUCAAGAAAUAGUUCUAGAAAAGAAACAUAGAAUUUCAUCUUGAAUCAGGGAACAUUUGUUUUUACAACAAAAUAACAAAUGCAAUUCUCGUCUUCUUACAUUGGGCCUCGAUCCAAAGGAUUUUUUGCGACUUUUGACCAAUAUGUCAACCCUUUACACCCUAACAUCAGUAGGCAUAUUCUCUAUACUGGUCUCUAUAUAUUUCCUUAGAAGUUGACAAGGAGAUUUUUUUUUACCGAUCAAGAGCUUCCUUUAAUUAGCAGCUGUUUAUGCUCCUUUUUCUAGUGACCUUUAUGUUUGAUCCAGGGGUUGAGAAAUUAGAUGUUUAGUAACCCGUUAAGCCAAAGGAGUACUGACAGGAAAUGACGCUUGUAAUUAAAGCAGCGGGACGCUUAUCCUGUGUUUUUAUUUUGUAUUUGUUGCGGCGGGGAAUUUUUCGGUUUUACUUUGGAGAACUUGGGGAAUUUUGGUCACUGAUUUCUUUGGCUACCAUGAUACAGUUUGGAAUUUUUGGUAUCUGUGACCUCGUUUCCCUUUCAGGAAGAAAGACCGUGCCAUGCACAUGGUUAUUGACCCAAAAGCCAAGUACAAACUGAAGUGGAAUGUUCCAUUGAGUGAUGUGAAUAUCGUGGAAUAUGGUCCGGGUGUUAACAUACUGACAAAUUCCUACAGAACAACGAUAAAGCACUCUAAUGAAGGUAGGUACAAUGUCUUCUGACACACAGUAAGUAAAUGAAUAUGGAAGUGAUCUUUGCAGUAACGAACACUAUUUAAGCAGAAGUGAAAAUAAAGCUGCUCAAGUAGUGUUCAUUACUGCGAAGAUCUCUCGUAUUCAUUUAGAAAUCUGCAGUUCACAUAUAUGAUUUUUCAUUAAUUCACAGUCAUUCGCAGGUUUAGAGUAGUUUUAGGUGAGUGUCAUGUGGCACACAGAGUGCAGCAGGAUGUCUAUGUGAUGUUCUUACCACAAUUUGACGUCCUUUGUGAUCUUUUGCAUUACACACAAUUAGCAAAAUGGAAUCUAUUUGUUUCGAAUGAUAAAAAAUUGCAAAAUUUCCCAAACAGGUCAGUAUCGAAGUGCUUACAGUGGUUGCCGGGAACACUUUGAAGACCUGCAGCAGGACUUAGCUAUCAUUGGUCAAAUCGCUGGCCUCGUGUCCACGCUACGACGGUCAUACCAGGUUAGAUUCGUAUUCGCGCUCUUGGAAAAGAGGUAUUCUCUUCAGGCCGUGUGAUUUGAGACCGUGAAUUGAUGUAAAAUAAAAGGAUCAUAAAAAUUGGGGGAAAGGCUUGAAUUGAGAACGAAAUGAUUCCGAAACGUUGGGAUAUUAGUCAUGUAUAGCACCAGUUGCUGUUAGAUAUGUAAUUUGCUUUUGGUAAAAAUUUUUCAGGUUCUUGAUAUGGAAAAGGUUCAGAAAUGGCACAAGGCAGUGCAGAGGACAAUCGAGGAAGAAACACGACUGGCCAAUCUUUAUUGGCUCGAGUUGUCAUUGCCAUCUAAGUAAGAGUAACACUAAACGGUGUAAAAUUAUUUCGGACUGAAUUCGGGGAUUUUUGGUAAAAAUGGUGCCUUGAAAAUAUCGCUUUUGGAGAAAGUUGUGAAUUUCUAUGUAACAACUGGGUACAACGCCGUGUUGCCCAUCUUAGUUAUGAGUUUGGCCGCACGUGUUAAUGUCCUAAUAGUGAGCUUAAAACAGUUGGUAAUUUAGCUUCUUUCUCUUUCGUUACCUUUAGUGCUCUUUUAGAACUUUUGAUUUAGUAUUUUUGAACGCAAGCAAUCGCUUUGGUCGGUUGGUCAGUAAGUCAGUGACUUUGUUGAUCAGUGGGUGGGUUGUUCACUCAGUCGUUUAAUCAUUUAUUUGGUUGGUUAGGUAUUCAGUCUCAGUCAGUCAAUCAGUCUGUCAGUCCGUCCAGUUAGUCAGUCUGUCAGUCAGUCGGUCAGUUUGUUUGUCAGUCAUUCGCUCUGACGAAGGGCUCAUCCUCGAGACGUCAACUUUAGAAACUCGUUACGGUGGCCUGUUGACAUUAUCAACGCAGUUGAUAAAACCAAGUUAUCUUGUUACACCGCCUCCCCAACCCCCGCCCCUCCCGACCGUCGCCGCACUGCAGUUUCUUUGGAAACUUACCCUCGUUAUUCGUAUGUCUGUCAGUCGAUCAGUCAGUCAUCCAGAUUGUCAGACAGUCUUUCGGUCAGUCAUCCCGAUAUUACUCAACAGGAUUUGGACCAUUUAUCCUUGCGUCACUUGAAUGAGCAAUAUCAUCAAACACAUUACCUAGGUAGAGCGGGUUCAAUUAAACUGAAAAAAAGAGAAAGAAAGAAAGAACACCACAAUUAUCCUGAUGAAUACAUUACUUGGUAGUACAAUUGUUUUGCAGGAAUGGCAAUGUAAACUACAUUUUUAGCACAGACUCGCCAACAGUGAAAGCGGAAUGGGUCACAGCUCUUAAUACGUCUAAGUUGCGACUGGGUAAGUCGAGUUUUUUUCGUGCAUUUACUACCAGCUAUUUGUUGAAACUCCCUCAGUGACUUGUCCCAGUGUGCUUCUACCAAGCGACCAGAACUUGACUUGCAGAAAGAUAUUAUGAAAAACAUGAAGCGAAUCUUUUUUGAAUAGACCACCACAUAGAAGUUAUCUUCCUUAAAUCGAAAUGUUUGUGGAAUGUUAGGGUUAAGGGUUUCUCUGACGUUUAAGAUGAUUUUCAAUGUGGCUAAAUUCUCUCUGUUUUUCGUUUUUUGUUUGGUUGCUUUCUAGCCCCUGAAAACAAUCCAGGUUGGUAUCUUCCAGAAGAUGAUGGAACUGGAGGCGUGGCCGUUCAAAGGCGGAACAUGCCUCUCCUCAAAGAUAACUCAAAUUUAUUUAUGCUCAACCAGAAGGCAAAGGUACGUUAUCAUGUUCUUGCAACGGAAACGUUUACAAGGAGCUGAGAGAGAGUAGUGUUAAGAGCAUUUCCCCCACCACCGUGACUGGGUUCGAUUCUAAGACCUGUAGUUGGUAUCACAUGUGGGUUGAGUUUGUUCCUGGUUCCCUAUUCUGUUGCGGGGGUUUUUGUCCGUAUUUUCUGUUUCGCGAGUUUACUUCUUUGAUGCUAUUACUUUUAUAGUGGGUUUGUUCUCUACAGAAAUUUUCAGGGACAUGUCUAAAUGCUUAUAACUUUAUGUAUUCAUAUUAUCAGAGGAUACUUUAUGUAGUUUGGAAGGUAUUGCUCUAACGGAGGUAGACUAAGAGUACUGAGUCCUUUCUUUUUCCGCGAAGUCCGUCGCGCGAGUAAAAACAAAUUGGUGAAAUCGAAAAUUGAUCUUAUCGCUUUGGGUGUGCCUCACUCUCAAAGUUCCACUCGGCGCGCUAACAUCAGUUUUGGUUUUCGCUGAUUUUUUUUUACUGGUGCGACGGACUUUGCCGAUAAGGAGGGACUGCUCUUUGCCAGUGAUGAAGGUUCAACUCUUUUUAUAAUUUUUUUCUUUACAGAUUCAAUGUAUCGUGAGUUGUCCAGAUAUUUCGGAUUCUCUUCCCGGUGUCCACGACAACUACAACAUUCUUUGGCUCCUUUGCGGAAGUGGAGAUAAUGCCGGUCACGUGUCUGUAGUCAAAGUUUCCCUUGCCACCCCUCCACAGGUGGUAGAGUCGUUUCACGUGUGUGAGUCCAAUAUCUUGUGUGGUGCGUACAUGGAAAGGACCUGCGGCGAGGAGAAGAAAUUCAAGGGAACGGUCAGCGGAAGGUUUGGCUUUCCUUUUCCCACGGUCUGGCUAGGAACACAGGGAGGAAGGUACGGUCAAGGGCCACUUCUGUCAGCCAGGCUUGGCUCAUUGUUUGAGGUCUCAGCUUAUUUAUCAUUCCUUACCAAAAACUGCAUUGUUUCCCUAUUCCUAGAGGUGGGCGGGUUACACCGGUUAAUGAGAAGGUAAUAAGCCGAUCAAUUCGAAGCUUUAACAAACCCCCCCGUCCCCGGAGUAAUCCACGGGCAUUUGGCCGUCGUCCAUGCCCGGUGGGUGGGGGCGGAGGUGGGGAAUUUGAACAGGCGGUGUCGAUUCUUUUUAGGAAUACAAGUGUUAUAUCUUUAAAUUUAGAGGUGUUUAAGGUAAAUAAUUUACUUUCGCGAGCAAAUAGCUCAUAAAAAAGGUCUACCAGGUCUAGGUUUUAAAGCUUGGUCAAUGUGCAGAAAGUCACCGUAGCUGAUUUUGUCUUUUACAUGAAAAAUUGGGAGGGGCAUUUGAACACAAUUUUGCCCGAUGGGGGUUCAGAUAAGUUCAAAUAAGUUCAGAUAAGUUCAAAUAAGGGGGGCGGGGGAGGGGGAGGAGGGUUUGCCCAGGGAGAUGUUGAAGCUUUGAGUCGAUCGACGCAUAACCUGUGGUACUGCGGUAGGCUUGCAUCCCACUUAGGGAGAGUACCAGUCCUCCUAAUUACGAAUCAGCAAGUUUGACUUCGAACUUAACAUGGAUAUAAAUUGUCUCAACUUUGCUAACCUGGAAAAGUUUUAGAACUCGUCUAUCUUAUCACUGACCUUUAUCACUCUUACACGUUUUUCCUCAGAAUUUUUAUCUAUAAUGCGGCGGACGCCACACGGCGCUACGUCAUGUCAGUAAAACUUCCAGACGCAGUCUUGCAAAUCAAGUAAGCCGAUAGUAGUUACGCAUGUUCUAUACGAUUGGUAGACUGGUUCGAAAGUCCUUGCCGAGAAUCUCGUCAGGGGCUGUGGAUAUUUUGACUUAUACAGAGAUUGGCUUGCAUUGCUUUCGGAAGAUGAAAUGCAAAAAAUUAAAAACCUCCUGUCCUUCUUUGUCGGUUAAUUUCAAUUUUACCACAACUGGCAAUAAUGUCGCAAUCUCAGUGAUCGGUCAAUUUGCCGUUGUCGACAAGACUACAGACAACGCUGCUCGCAUCAACUCGUCACGCAAGGGUCACGCACUGAAAAACUCGUGGUUUAGCGUGGUCUGUAUUGUUACCGGCUGAUCCUCGUGAUUCGACAACAUUUUGUUCACAACAUUUUGAAGCUAAUGACUGUUGAAUAAUUUCUCCUUGUCAGCACCUAAAGAAAAGUUUAGAGAACAGUGUAGAGAAUAUGCAGAGGGAUGUUAGGGUGAAAGGGGUUAAUUGUUAGAACUGGACGAUUGCACUGAGGUUUUAACAUGGCGUUGCACUACUGUGCCCUCAUACAGUAAUUUCUGGUGUCAACUUACUCGCUCUCAUUUUUUCCUUUUUUUAUAUAUAUAUAUUCUUUUCAGAACGAUAAACAUGAAAAUCUUUGCAGCUGUGGCUGAUGGUAGCGUUAUUAUUUUCAAACGCAAUCAAGGUAACAUGAACGAAUGAAUCGUCAAUCCCAUGUUUUGUAUCUAUUCAUUCUUGAACCCUUGAAUUCUUCUAUCUUACUUCUCCUUACAAAAUCAGCCCUAAGGUCACGAGAAUAGGGAGAAAUUAUCACCAACUAAAGAGGCUCUUGAUUGCUAAACAAAUCCUCUUUAAUGGCACCUUAGGAAAUGAAUAGAGAACAGUAAGGAGAAUAUCAAUACUGAUGUUAGGGUGAAAAGGGUUCAAUGUACUGUAAUUUCGUGUACAUUGUGCUUCUUUGUGACUGUCAUGUGCUUUUCGUAGUGUUAGAGUAUGUUUUUCAGUUCGUGUAUAUUUAUGUGCACUUUUCUGUAACAUCUAUCACCCAUGAAAUAAAAACUCGUGUUCAAUGUAAACAUUGAACGCCGUACCGCUCUUGUGGAAAAGUGCAUACAAUUGCUCCUCAUCAACUUGCAUACCCAAUAAUUCCAUCAGAAGUAACAUGCGCAGUAAAAGUAAACAUUUUUAACCAAAGGAAUCUCUGAGGUGGUAGGAGCCAGGCAACACGUACAUGCUGGCAAUAGCAGAAUUGGCAAGGGAUUUUUAGUUUCCUUUUUACAUUUUAUUUGUAUUUAGCGGGCACAUGGAACUUUAGUGAACCAAAGGCCGUCGGUCUCGGUAAAGCUCCUGUCAUGGCGAUGGCGGCUGUGAAAGAAAAUCUUUGGUGUUCCUGUGGUAGCAAGCUGUUCAUUUUAGACUGCAAUGAAGAGAUUAUCAAGGUACCUGUUAAUGACGACAUAUAUAAAAAAAAAAGAAAAAAAAGAAACGUUUCAUAAAAAUUGCAUCCAGUGAGGAGAGCUACACCGGGCCUCGUCGUUCUUCUUAGGUCAUGAAACGUGGAUAGUCACACAAACAAAAUUUUUUGGAUAUAAUUGGAUAGGAGAGGAAACCGCGCGCUGUCAUUGGUCAGAUGAGUGGUCCACACUCGCCAGUAUGGCUCCUUAAAAUUCAGAGCUGUUCUUCGCCAAAAUCUCGCGUUCUUUUUUGCCAAUUGUUUUCGGACAAAUGAAACUUAAUUUUGUAGAUGCCUACUAGAAGAGGAGAAAAAAUCCUAAACGAAAAAUAUAUAUUCAAAAAGUGAUUAGCUUCGAGGUAAGUGACGUCGUAGUAAACAUCAAUGACGCAUUCGCCUGUGACCCAUAUUUUUACCUUAUUUCGAAAUCUGUGAUCUUUAACUCAAAUGACACAGUUUGAUGACGAUAUAAAAUUCUUUAUCCAUUUAUAUGCACCUUAAGGGCAUGGAAAGGGAGCGGGGAUGGCGCACUCGCCUCCCACCGCGGUGGCCUAGGUUCGAUACUCGGACUUGGCGCCACAUGUGGGUUGAGUUUGUUGUUGGUUCUCCUCCCUACUCCGAGGGUUUUUCUCCAGGCCCGCAGGUUUUUCCCAGGCCGUCAGGUUUUUCUCUAGGUCUUCAGUUUUUCCUCCCUCCACAAAACCAACAUAUCAAAUUUCCAAUUCGACCUGGAAACAGUGGACAAGAGAGCCACCUCGUGGAAUGCCUACCGCUUAUUUCCCAUUAAUUUCCCAUUGGAUGAGCGUCAUUAUUUUCAAUUAUUUUACAAAGCACGUGAUUGAAGUCGAUGAAAAUCCCAAGACGAGUAUCAAGCUUCUUGUUUGUUACGGUGUGGGUGUGUGGGUGUCUGUCUGGAAGCAGCCGUCAAUCAAGUUGUUCCAUAGUGAGACACUGAAGCACGUGCAAGAUAUCAGCAUCGCCUCUCCUGUCACCAAUAUGCAACGGGGUUAGUUUAAAUAUAGACUGAAACAAAAAAUUAAACCUGAAAUUAUUAAAAGUAAAAUUUUAAUACCUUCAAGUAUCUUUGGAUGGUAUGUUAGUUUGUGGCAGACUAUCUUCUCGGUAUUCAUUGCCUGAAAAAUAUGUUGAGUUGACCUCUUGUUCAAUAUUUAUUUUAUGAAUGAACUGCAAACACAGUAGUGAUAUAUUCCCGAUUGCAACUAAGCGUAGUGGCACACUGCUCCACUUUGAAUUAGAUGUCUGGUGAGCUGGGCGACUACACAUAUCUAUCCAUACUGAAGAAGCACAAGUGCCAUCCGUAAUGAUUAGAGGGAAGGUAGCUUCGAAACGGUUUUAAAGAGGGAAUGAGAAUGAGCAGUGUUUCCCUGGCAUUUUUCUGGAGUGGAGAAUGGGUAGAGAACCAGAUGCAAUUCCCUCCGCCCCACCGUACAACCAAGAAUAUGUAUUUCUGCUCUUUUCUUCCUAGAUAUCGACUCUCAGCUGGAGAAGACAAAACUAGACCAAGUAUAUGCCACAGCCCUCGCAGCCGAUGAGGGUUUACUGUGGGUCGGUACAAGUGUUGGAGUCACUCUUGUGUUUCCUUUGCCGCAGCUGGAAGGAAUACCGCUUGUGUCUGGUAAGAAACUGCUUGCUCUUAUUCCCUAACAAAAGCUAUGGAGCAUCAUCCCUGAUCCGUCCGUUUCUCAUUCUCCAGGUAGAGCUUGUGUUGCUUUCCACUCGUACGGUAGCAGUGUGCGAUGUUUUUACCCGCUGAAGAAUAACCCAAACCUCGGAACGGAACAGGGUCCCGACACAAACAAAGUUGACUCGAGUUUGUUUCGUGAGAAUGAAGUCAGAGAUGCUUGUGUUCAAACAGACGCGGGAAUCUCCGGGGUCUGGUCUCACGCGUCACGUGGUUCGGCCUUAGCCAAUCAAAGUAAUGGUAAGUGUCAAUCCUCUUUUCACUGCACUGGUGAGCCUUCAGAUUAAAAUAAUGGAGUUAUACUAAAAAACCCUUUAAAAAUAAAGCAAAAGUCGUUCAACCCUUUAAUCCCUGAGAGUUACAAGCAUCUAAUUUCUCCUUUCAAUGUCACCCCUGAAUCAAACAUUAAGGUCAUGAGAAUAAAGGAAAUGAUAAUCAACUGAAGAACCUCUUGAUUGUUGUGCAAAUUCUCCUUGCCAGCGCUUCAGAACAUGUAUGAAGAACAGUAUGGAGAAUAUGCAUACUGAUGUUAGGAUGUAAAGGGUUGACCGAACGGUUACAACUAUCUAUGUUCUCGCAAGUGGUUAAGAUAUCAAUAAAUGAAAAGGAAGGGCUUCAUAUUGAAUUUUAAAGGGAAUUUUGCCAAUGUUUUGUUUUAGCAUCUCCUACAAAAGACAGUGACAGAGCUAAUGGACAAAUUACGGACCGAGAGGAUGAGGAGGACUUGUCCGACGAAAAUGUCGACAGCGAUGAUGAGUUUAACUUUGUGGAGGAUAAACAACAAACUCUGACUGGUGUACAGAUUAGAUCAAGUGUAGGGACUGCAUCUUCAUCGGAUUCAUUCAAAAUCAAGUUCGAAGGGACUGAGGAGUCUGCUAACAGCCUCCUCAGGAGCUCGGUUCAUUCCGACGAUGUUGUUGGCAAAACCGAAUUCCGAGUAGACGACUUCGCCCGAAUGUUAUCCGAAUUCAAAGGCUUUGGAAGCCAUCCGACGACAAGUGUUCCGGAGCCACCCCAAAUCCCAGUCAAUCUUCUCAGUGAUCAGGCCCAUUCCAAAGGUGUAACUUUAUCUGAAGGCCAAGAAAGUGAAAAAGCAUCUGCAAGUACUGAUGAAACAGUUGGAAGUGGUUUUGCGCUCGGACAAGCAGAAAUCGGAAGUGGAAGCGAAGAUGCAGCUUCCAGGGAUAAGGUACUAUCUGUUGGUGAAAAUGUCAAACUGAACGAUGCUCACGCGACUGCGGAAGCUCACGGUAGUAACUUUGAAACCGGAAAUGUGUCAGCCGGAGAAUCUUCUGGAUCUAAAGGCGAUGAACCUAGCGAUUUCUUACCGGAAGUUGAAAACAAGGCAGGAAACGAUUGCGGUACCGGAAACCUCGAGGUGGGUUCCUUUGCAGCUCCAGCCUACUUGGAAGUUCUGAGUGACUCAGAUUCUAGGGCUGUAAAGUCACCGGAAACGGCUAAGACGCCGGAGGUGAUUUACGACAGUCCUCGGCAAGACGAUAGCUACAGCGUUUUCGACAGAAGUCAGUUGCAAUAUUACACAACCGGAAGUACAGCUAAAGUAGAGAACUUGAAACCCAGGCUGCCGUUCCCUGUUCUAUUCGUAAGCGCAGGCGAAGGUUAUGCGGACUUGAGGCGAAAGCGACGGGAUGAAAACGACAAAGAGCCGAGGCUCAUGAUCUGGCAAAUAAUCUAGGAGGGAAUCCGAUAGAAAAUCUAGGGAAAUCGGAAAAUCUUCGUUGCAUUUCGGACUGGUCUCGGAAAAGAGCACGAAUGCAAAGGAAACUCGACUGAGAAGGCAAGUACAAUUUUAGGAUUUGAGACAGAGAUUUGUAUUCAGGCAAUUUAUGAUUUGCUUGUCAUGAGCAUCAUUUUUUAUAUUUACUUUUAACUUGAAAUAGUAGUACAAAUCAUAUUGAAUGUUAUUUUAUGAAUAAACAAAAACAAAUAUUAAAUACAGAUUUUUAGUUGAUAACACAAGAUUAUUUUUAUAUCGUUAUACAAGUUAAUGUAAAUUAGGUUGUUUUUGCUUUUUUUACGUGUUCUUAGUUAUUGCUUCUUUUCAUAAAGUUUCGUAGUAGUUUCGUCGUACUUAAGACUGUUUGAAGACGAAGUAUCGAAGAAUUAAAGCAAAAAUAAUCGUUACAGCCAUUCAAAACAAAAUAAGACUUCACAAUAUUGCCGCAGAAAUAGUCUUGCUAAAUGAAAAUCUGUCAAGGGAAAAGGGCUAUUGCAAAUUGUCAGUAAUCUGUUAAAAUUCCAAUUUAUCUUAUUCCUUCUCUGUAAACCGUUUUCUUUUUCCACGGGUCGUGUAUCACUUGUUUGGAGUGGGGAGGGUGGGGAAUUGCAAUACAGGGAAUCUGUGAACGGACAGAUUAGAGGCUUUGGAAUUUGUUUUUUGAAACUGAUUUAGUUGUGAAUUGAUAACGUAUAUGCUGCUUAAUUUAAUUUAUUUGAAUACGAAUAAUAAAAGUUUUCCAGAUGAUGAUUUUCCUG